AGCCAAUAUGCAGGCCAGUGAUAGGUUCAACAUGAAUUCCCAGCUCGAACACCUUCAAGCUAAGUACGUUGGAACAGGGCAUGCCGACUUGCAUAGAUAUGAAUGGACCGUGAAUAUUCAGCGUGAUAGCUAUGCCUCCUAUAUUGGUCAUUAUCCUAUUCUUUCGUACUUUGCUCUUGCGGAGAAUGAGUCGAUUGGGAGAGAACGUUACAAGUUCAUGCAGAGAAUGCUUUUGCCUUGCGGUCCUCCCCCAGAAAGAGCAGACGAUUGAGAAUGUUCUUGUACGGAUAAGGACGUGAACGUUUCUGAUAUACUCUGUUCUUGGAAGUAAUCAUAUGGUAACAGUAUGUACUGAAUUUUA